AUGUCGGAGAGACCCAGCUUGAGGCCCUUGGGACUUCCUCCUUUCCCAAUUCCCGUGGGCGUUUUGUCUUCAUCCAUCUCUCCAACGCUCCUCACGGUCGAAAGAGGGGGCCUUGGAUAUGAAGCGUACCAUUCGCUUGUUCGAGAGGUGGUGACAGCCGUAAUGGAAGAUGAUGCGACUAAGCGCCGUUCUCUCGAGCACUACCUCAUCUCAGACUACGCCAUGUCCCUUUUAUCCCAAACCAUCUCCGUCUCGACUUGGGCCUUCAAACCUCCUCUGUCUUUGGAGGAUAUUCCCGUCAACCCCGGGGUGGCGAUACUGGCACAGAAGUUCCUGUCUGUUAUGGGCGUUCUCGUAGAGCGUGAAGGCGGGGCCCUUCCGACGAUGGUGCGCGAGUGGGUUGUGGAGAGCUGCCUCCGAAUGGGAUUCGGUACGGGGAUGAUCGAGCUGCAAAGAUUUCAAAGCGUCGUGCCUCUUCCACCCGAGCCCCAAGUGUCUCCCCUUUCGCCCAUAUCCGACUUCCGCCCAUUCCGUCAUGGCGGGUUCCACAAACCCAUGUUUCUCCUUCGAGGCCCGCUUUCAGCAAGUAUAUCCUUGAGCUCGCGCACCUUCCCCGACGCACAGGGGACUACAAGGGCAAUUGAGCGUCCCAAGAUAUCCUCCGUGUCCAUUCCAAUCUCAACUUUGCAGACCACCAUCCCUGCCUCGAACCUUAACUUUCUGUCCACGCUCCAACUCCCUCCAACUCCUUUGCCCGCUGCGCGCCACCAACGAUCCGAGGAGUCCGACUUCACUGCAUGCUCUCCUUUCUCUACGCCUUCACCAUACGAUCCCUUAUUCGACAGUCCUCCCCCGUCUUGCCCGUCGGAGCAGGAGCGUUGGUCCACACCCUCUCUCACCCAAUCACAAGAGGGGGAUAGAGCAACGAUAUCCCCUAACGUCGGAUCCGAAAACACGAAUGAAGAAGGACUUGCACUGAAUGAGAGCGAGAGGCCAAGCGUGGACGAGAAUAAAACACUUGAAUUCACGGAGGACGAGAGCAGUGAAGGGAGUGCAGCUUCCUCCGUUAGGCGUAUGCUGGAGGAGGACUUGUCUUCGAGCAGAAUGUUCAACGUCAUCACGCCGGAUGCCAGCACGUUGUUGAAAAUGAGAAGGAAGACAACGGUCGAUUGAGUGUGUUGUAUCAUCAGUCCACAAAGCCACUAGUCGUGGUGGCCAUUCAUGCGCAGGAACACUUUGACCGCACCAAGAAGCAUGUAGAGUCGCUCAUUACCUGCAAGGUCUGUAUUCGAAAAUAACCAUUAUACGCGAAUUAUCAUCAUGUGCAAUCGUUGUCAUUCACUCGU